UGUAAUAAUGAAAUAUAAAAUGAUUUGAUUCCAUUCCUUUUCAAGAAUAGAUAGAUACAUGUUAGUGAGUUUUACACAACAAAACCAUGAUACAAUUCUCCAAACCCUAAAUUGUUCCCAAAAUCCCAAUCAACCAACCCUAUAUUUCCUCCGAAAAUUGCGAUUCUCCAAACCCUGCCAUUGUUCCAAUCAACCAAAUCCGAUUCUCAAGAGAAGAAAUGCGUUGAUUCUCAAUGAAAUCUGCUAAGUUCGGGGCGGAGUUUGAUAUUUAGAAUUUGUUUGCUUAUAGCUCAUUGCAAACAUUUUUCCUUUUCAGAAUUUUCAGUUCUGUUAAGGAUAUUACUUGUGUUGUGGGUUUCUAGAACAAGUUGAAAAAAAUGGAACCAGAUCGAAAACACACUUUAAGUUUUAAGUUUGAGCAGCCUGAUUUGAAGAGUUUAAUAGACCUUGGCAAUCAAAUGACACAAAGUUAUCGAGACGUUUUUGUUAGUAGGUAUGGGAACAUCCUUGACCUCUUGACUGUAGAUGUGAAGACGAGUGCCCUCGUUGCAUUAGCCUAGUACUACGACCCUCCUCUUAGAUGCUUCACUUUUAAAGAUUUUCAAUUAGCUCCAACGUUGGAAGAGUUCGCACUAAUCAUGGGUUAUUCCUUAGAGAAAGGAAAUCCAUUCCGAGGAAUUGGACAAGUCCCUGCACCCAAAACAAUUGCUAAAGUACUCAAUAUUGACAUAAGCAAGAUAGAGAAAAAAGGGGCGCUUCAAGUUCAAGGAUUUUCAAGAAAAUACCUAGAAAAAAAGGCUCAAGAUCUGGUCGGUGAAAACCAAUGGGAUGCUUUCAUAGAUGUGUUGGCUCUCAUUAUCUAUGGUAUAGUGUUAUUCCCAAACAUGGAAAAUUUUGUGGAUAUGGCUGCUAUUAGUGUUUUUCUGGGCUAUAAGCAACACAACGCGAAUCCAGUUCCCGCAGUUCUUGCUGAUGUAUACUACACUCAUCAUGUGCGAGUACAAAAGAAACGUGGAAUGAUUGUAUGUUGUCUCCCCGUGUUGUAUACGUGGCUUAUAUCUCACGUGGGUAGUUGUUUUGUCGAAGCCAAAACUAGAUCCGCAUGGGCUCAAAUCCUAGAUGACCUUAAUGAAGAUUCAGUUUUAUGGUAUCCACAAGAACAAAGGGUGGAAGAAGUAAUUUACAGGUGCGGGCAGUUUCCUAAUGUGCCUCUUAUUGGAACCAAAGGAUGCAUUAAUUACAACCCGAGUUUAGCUUUGAGGCAGCUUGGCUAUCCAAUAGUAGAUAAACCUGCAGAUCUAUUAUUGAAGGAUUUUGUUUUGCAUGACAUGGGUAAAGAAGACGCAGAGAUGUUACGGAGUAUAAAUCGAGCAUGGAAAAAGAUCCACAGAAAAGGGCAAGAGCUUAGACGCACAAGUUAUGGUGUAAAGGGUACUUAUUCUCAAUGGGUCAAGGACAGGGUUAAAGAGAUCAAGUUACCCUGGGUUAGAAGGCCUGAAGUAGUUGAAGAAACACCAGUUCAAUCUGUUAACAUUAAUGAGGAAGUAUCACCUCUAAAGGCGGAGGAAGAAAUUAAGAAUUUGCAAGAAGAGUUAAAAAGGGUCCGUGAAGCAUAUGAGGCAGCACAGAGUGAAAAUGAGAUUUCCCUUGAAAGAGCAAAUAAGAGAGCAAAAGUGGAGGAAGAAUGUCAGAUCAAAAUCCAGCACAAUCUACAAGCUUCUAAUGAACAAUUGAAAAAUUUGUUAAAGGUUUCAAAGAUAGCUGAAAUGAAUAUGCAAAGAGAGCUUGAAGAUUUGAAAGAACAACUCAAGAAGGUGACAGCUGAGUACGAAAGUCAAGUCAAAUAUGAGAGGCAGCAAAAUGAAGAAAUGCAAGGAAUACUUACAGAGUACCAAGAUGCUCUAAGAAAAGCAGUGGAAGAUUUAAGUGAGCAUAAAAAAUUUAUUGAAGAUUUAUUGAAUAUCAAGAGAGAAUUUCCAACACCUUGAAGAAUGCAACCAAGCUUUUGGUGAAUGAUAAAUUCACUCUGCAGACAUCUAUCAUCUGGUGCAGCGGGUGGAGGAUCGGAAGUGUCAAAAUGGAAACUACUUUGGUUUGAUGUAGCAGACAUAUGGGGAUUUUAUUUUGUGGUUUAUGUAACUUUGACACUAUUUUGUGGUUUAUGUAUAUUCCUAACAUUUUCUCUUAAUUCAAAAAAUUGUUUCUUCAUCAA